AUGGCGCCAUCAUCCAAGAAGCUCGUCGUCCUGUUCGUUGCCCUGAGCCUGAUGAUUGCCGCCGUGCACGGCUGCGGACCCCACUGCCCGACCCCGUCGCCACCACCGCCGGCGACCAGCGGCGGCACCUGCCCGAUCAACACGCUGACGCUGGGCGUGUGCGCCGACGUGCUGAACCUGCUGAAACUACACCUCGGCGUGCCGGCGAACGAGCAGUGCUGCCCGCUGCUGGCUGGGCUGGCCGACCUGGACGCCGCCGUGUGCCUCUGCACGGCCAUCCGGGCCUCUAACAGGGCCAACAUCCUGGGCGUCAUCAACAUCAACGUGACUGCCGACCUCGUCCUCCUCCUCAACCAGUGCGGCAAGACCUGCCCUCCCGGCUUCACCUGCCCUCGCUGA